GUGCUGCAAUUAGUGAAUUUGAAAAUUUCGUCCCAGGUCUGGAAAAUUUGAAUGAUGGAAAAUAUCCACCAGAAGUAACGCCAAAAAAACGGACUUUAGAUGAUCCAUAUUCACAAUGUAAAGAAAUUUCUAAAUCCACUAAAUACAAUAAUAAUGAUAGUAUUAGAACUUCCCGGAAAUCAAAUAGAGAAGUAAAUUCAAAAGAACCCCUGCGAGUCUUAUAUUUAAUAGGUUCAAGAUGUUUUUCCAUUCUGAAACCUGCGAUACUAAUGGUUCUGUCUGGUUUGGAUUGCCUAAACAUCGUAAAUAUUUUAAUUAUUGCUAAAAUGUCUGCAGAUGUCGUCAUUCAGCAUAUUUUUCCAAAGCAAUUUGGACUUCGCAACGUGUUUGAUCAUGACAGUAAUGGUCAGCCAAGCGUGCAAUCACUCUUCCAAUUUUAUCAAAAUCGUAUUACUGAGAUUCAGAAAUCUAGUGCUGACAUACCUUCUUAUUUAAUUCAAGUGUUGCCUCUGAUAGAUGAGAUGAUUUCACGUCAUAAAAAAUAUAAAUACCGAUACCCAAGUUUACUCGACAAUUAUUGUCCUGUUAUGACACAAAACGGGUUAUCCGCCCCUUCUACGGACAAUAAAUCUUAUAUUCAGGAUUUAAAUUCUAGUUCAAAUAUAUAUCAGAUUACCACAUUUGUUCGUGCAGUAUUGCGACAAGUAAUUCCAAAGGAGUUUUGGGGUUGUGAUGACAAUCAAAAAACAGUAUUUAAAGCUGUAGAAAAGUUUAUCGCGCUCAGGUUUCAUGAAGA